AUGGUCGACAACAACAAUUCCAACCUUCCUAAGACACCGGUUCCAGUCCCGGCGUCGCCUAACAAAUCGGCCUGGGCAGAAAACAGGCCGGCCCAUCAUAAUAAUAACCGAACGUUUCGGUUUUUAAAUUGGAUAUCACCUAUCUAUCUAUCUAUCCAUCUCAUUCUGAUCAUCUAUCUAUCUAUCUAUCUAUCUAUCUAUCUAUCUAUCUAUCUAUCUAUCUAUCUAUCUAUCUCCUUCCGUUCAUAUAUAUCUAGACAACUAGCUAGCUACCUAUCUCAUUUUGUUCAUAUCUAUCUAUCUAUCUAUCUAUCUAUCUAUCUAUCUAUCUAUCUAUCUCUAGCUACCUAUCUCAUUUUGUUCAUAUCUAUCUAUCUAUCUAUCUAUCUAUCUAUCUAUCUAUCUCCUUCCGUUCAUAUAUAUCUAGACAACGAGCUAGCUACCUAUCUCAUUUUGUUAAUAUCUAUCUAUCUAUCUAUCUAUCUAUCUAUCUAUCUAUCUAUCUAUCUAUCUAUCUAUCUAUCUAUCUCCUUCCGUUCAUAUAUAUCUAGACAACGAGCUAGCUACCUAUCUCAUUUUGUUAAUAUCUAUCUAUCUAUCUAUCUAUCUAUCUAUCUAUCUAUCUAUCAUCUAUCUAUCUAUCUCCUUCCGUUCAUAUAUAUCUAUGAGCUAUCUAUCUAUCUCAUUUUGUUAAUAUCUAUCUAUCUAUCUAUCUAUCUAUCUAUCUAUCUAUCUAUCUCAUUCUGUUCAUGUUUAUCUAUGUAUUUUUGGAAUAAUUUUCAGUCUGGUGAAAUAACUGAUCUAUCUCUUUCUGCUCAUAUCUAUCUAAAUUUCAUUCUGAUCAUAUCUAUCUAUCUAUCUAUCUAUCUAUCUAUCUAUCUAUCUAUAAAUCUGAAUCAGUUACAAUUAUUCUUCAUCCUUUCUUUAUUUAUUCUUUCUUUCUUUUUUUCUUUAAAAAUAUUUUCAUUUCUUUCUUAUAAAUUCAUUUCUUUAGUUUUUCUUUCUUUGAUUCUUAACCUUUCUUUUCCUUAUAUUUAUUUGCAUUCUUUAUUAACUUCAUUCAUAAUCUUUUUUCUUUUCUUUUCUUUUCUUUCUUUCUUUCUUUCUUUCUUUCUUUCUUUCUUUCUUUUUUUCUUUCUUUCUCUUCUCCCCAUUGCAUUCUCUCUUUACUUCAUUCAAUCAUAUUCUUUUUUCUUUUCUUUUUGCUUUCUUUCUUUCUUUUCUCUUAAUAUUUUCAUUUAG